GUCCCCACCUUCAAUCAAGAUGACAUCAAAAUUGAGUACCAUCUGAGUAGUGGCAUCAAGGCCAAGGUAUAUGGAUUUGAUAGCUUUGAGCGUUGUGCUGCAGAAUUCCUGGUCCCCCCACCUGACGGUGAACCUUGGCGUCCAUUCAAAUCUUGGCUCAAAUUUGAGAUUGCCGAGAUCAUGCUCAAGGUCGGGUUUAACAACCAACAAUCCGAUUGGUUUAUCAAGCUAUGUCACUGCUGUGCUUUGGGCAAGGAGAAAUUCACAUUCAAAAACCACAAGGAUAUCCACAACAUGUGGGAGUGUCAUGAAUGUUACCAACUGCAUCUAAAUUUCGAUUAUCAAACCCUAAGUCACCUUAUCCGAUAA